UUCUUCCUCCUCUAAAGUCUUAACAGCAAUGGCGAUGGCCUUUCUCCAAGUCAAUUGAACCCCACCAUCAAACCCAAUUUGGAUCUCAGGAAUUCAAAACCUUCAUUUGUCUAUGGGAAUGGAGUCGGAAACGGGCAAGAAGAAGUCAUCAGUGUCGUCGAGUGUGCUGGGUCCGGGUUUCCGGUUCCAUCCGACGGACGAGGAGUUGGUGCAGUAUUAUUUGAGGCGAAAAGUCUGCGGGAAAGCUCUUCGGUUGGAUGCUAUUUCUGAGAUCGAUGUUUACAAGGCCGAGCCGUGGGAUCUUCCCUACAUGUCAAAGCUGAAGACCAGAGAUUUGGAGUGGUAUUUCUUCAGUGCGCUUGACAAGAAGUAUGGUAAUGGAGCAAGGACAAACCGGGCGACUGAAAAAGGAUAUUGGAAGACGACUGGAAAGGAUCGGGCUGUGUAUCACAAGACACAGAUUGUAGGCAUGAAAAAAACUCUUGUUUAUCAUAGCGGACGGGCCCCAAAGGGUCAGAGGACUAACUGGGUCAUGCAUGAGUACAGGCUUGCUGACUUGGGGUUGGAGGCUUCUGGAAUUGCUCAGGUGGGUUGUAUUGGUUGCAUGAUCAUGUCUCAUGAGUUUUUAUAGUACCUUUUGAAGGUGCCUGAAGACAUGAUUUUAGUUGGGAGCAUUAGCAUGGAUGAUCAAUGGCCAAGAACCUUAGUGAUUACCUAAGGUCUCAUCUGAAAUGCAUGUGGAGUCAAAAACAUCUGUAAAAGUGAGGAGCUUUGGCCCUCGUUUGAUGGAAGCUCAAGCAAGACUCAGAUGUUGGUCCGGGUACUGUUUGAGUUGGUUCUCAAAAGAGGUCAACCAGGGAGGGAGAUGGAAAUGCACAUCAAGCCUGCUCCUUGGAACCAGGCCUGUGGGCUUGAAGGCACCCCCCCUUCCUUCAGCUGGCUUCACCCUAUCUAUUCAUCUCUUUUUUCAAAUGGAUAUUUAGGCACCCUUUCUUGUUCAUGGAUUGAAGUAUUAUGUACUUUUUUGGAGAAGGAUGCCUUCGUGCUCUGCCGAGUCUUUCAAAAGAGUGGUUCAGGGUCAAAGAAUGGUGAACAGUACGGCGCACCAUUUGUGGAAGAGGAUUGGGAUGUCGAUGGUGAGUUGGAAUUAGUUCCUGCAGAUGAGGCUAAAGAUAAAUUUGACUUUGCUGAUGAUACCUGGUUGGACAGCCGUGAUCUUCAUCAGAUUCUUGCAUCAGAUGUUCCAUCAGACAGUGCUCCUCUUCUAGUGAACUUCCAACAUGCAGAUUGCAGCUACAUUGAGGAAACCACAGUCUCUACAAAUGAUACCCAAAAGCUCUUGGGGUGUAAUAAUUUGCCUGCUUCAUGUGAGACGGACGUUACACCAGACAAGCAGUACAUUGGUGAAUGCGGCAAAUCUAGCCGCUCCCAGAAUAUGGAUUAUUUACUUGAUGAAGCAUUCCUGGAUUCUUCUGAUAACCUGCAAUAUGGCGAUGGAGGAUUCAUCGAGACUAAUGAUCUCUCGAAUCCCAUUGAAACUGAUAGUGCUGCCUUUGAUAUGCUUGAGGAAUACCUUACAUUUUUUGAUGCCAAUGAUGGUAACUCAUUGGACUUUGCAUAUGAUCCCGCCCUGAUGCUUGGGAGUGAGGAUCUUGUUCCUGACAAAGCAAAGCUUCCUCAUAAGGGACUAUGUGAAGGUACCGAGAAAGCUAUAUUGCCAAUGGGAAAACUUAUGGAUGAUAUCAACAAUGAUGCAGCAUCAGUGUUUGAUGAGAAACAGUCGGAAAAUAAUCAAUCAGAUUUUCAGUAUCAAUUUGUCAGGAAGGCGAGUCAAAUGUUGGGAAAUAUCCCUGCUCCGUCUGCAUUUGCUGCUGAGUUUCCUUCCAAGGAUGCCAUUCUUCGUCUCAAUUCCUCAACUCAAUCUUCCAGUUCAGUGCAUGUCACAUCAGGCAUGAUACAAAUAAGAAACUUGAAUACGGAUGGUGCUUUUGCCAAGCAUGAAAACUUAAAUAUUCUCCUAUCUUUCGGUCUUUCACGAAGUGAUGAUGGCUCUUCCAGUUUGGAAUCAAGUGUUAGAAUACUUCCAGGGAAAGUUGCUUCUUCCAUCUCUAAGGGCUGGUUCUACUUCAUGUUUUUCUGGGUCCUAAUUCUCUCCGUCAGCUUCAAAAUUGCGACAUACGCCAAUUGAAGUCAGGCAGAGUGGACUCUGGUGCCACCCCCUAAUACCAUAGCAUGCGCUAAAGGUACAUCUCAACAUGCCUGAUGUUUUCUGUUUUAACUUAGUUAACUUACAGAUAGCAGAAAUUUUUUUUGUUAUUUCGUACUGGUUUAGUAGUUAGGACAAGGCAAAAUUUUGUUUUUGUUUUAUAACUAUAAGGCUGUCAUACAUUGCGUCGUUCAUCUAUUUAAACAAUACAUUUAGUCCUUCAAUUAUCAUGUGUAAGACAUUUAGUGCUUACUUAUAGUAUCGA